AUGCCGCCCAAAGCUGCCCUCACCGGCUCUUUUCUCGUGUCGACAGAUGCAGAAAAUGAGGUUGUGUGCCCUCUCGCAAACCAAGAUGGCUCGCUGUGCCGGAAGAGGUGCCUUGGAGAGAAGCGGUACAGGUCGAUGCAAGAACACAUUCGACGCGCUCAUCCAGACUAUUACAUCCCUAAACUCCCUGCCACCGAGGAGAGUUUCCAGUUGAUGAUAAACACACCACCCUCACACCGCCCGCAACAACCCCAACCUGCUGCCGUGGCUCCCGCUCGAAAAGGCCCUUCGGAUGUCGUUGGCCGUCCUUCAAUGGAACAGCCAGGAUCACUCGCAGGCACCGGGCAGGUCCCCCGUACGGCCAGUGCCGCUGUUGCGCUCGCACAACUACAUAACUGGGACUCUGAUUUUGAUGUGUUCCCAGACUCAGACUACAAACGCGAUGUGGCCGCGGGUCUUGAAUUGCCGUCAUUGCGUGCACAGUUUCAUGAAGAUACCCUGCCACCGUUCCAGCCCUCGCGUACACGCGAACUAUUACCAUCUGUUUUGCAAUCUCCUGGCAACCGCUAUUCGUCCUUACCACCCGUCCAACGACGCGAAAAACUCCAGCGGGAUCGCAAGCCUUCAAUGGGGCAGAACGCCCGCAAGGGCAAGCACGAACGCGGAAAAACUAGGGAAUUUUCGGCCAAGGAAUUCUCCCGAAGGUUGAGCGUCGAGGGCCGAAAGGCUCUGUCCGCUGAACCGCCGACGGCGGCUUGGGUGCAGGGCAAGAGAUGGGAAGAUCUGAUCGAGGCUGCAACGACUGCUACCGAAGCGGAUGAUGAUCGUGAUCUCACUCCCAUGCCGCAGUCGCCAAACUUUCCGCCCUCCACGAGUGCUGUCGGCAGCACCGGGGCCAGUAUCACUACUGCUCCCACUACCACCGCCGCCGCUCGUAGACUGUCCGCGGCGGACAGUGUCGGUGCCAGUGGAGGCGCAAACAAGCGAUCAUCCCUGCCGCCGGGCUUCCGUCCUCUCGGCCACCAUCUCCAUCAUCAGCCUGCACAAUACAAUGCAUCUCCGCUGCAGCGCACGCUGACGCCACCACCUCCAGACGAGUUGGGACCGAACGAUCCCGAGCCAUUUCCAUCGGUCGAGUCACUGGAGAGCGCGGGCUCCGGUCAGAAUUUCCACAUCUCUGGAUCCGGGCUGCCCACGUCGGCAUCGUCGAACGAGAACACUAGUCCGCUGCAACACUACUCACACCCCUACCAGCAUUCCCAAUCCUCGUCGUUUGGCAGCAAAUCAGAUGUGUUGGAGAUCUACUGUGCGUCCUGCGGUCGGCCGUGGCUGCUCAAAAACGCCUUUGCCUGCACCGAGUGUAUCUGUGGCGUCUGCAGCGACUGUGUUGGACAGAUCAUCAGCAGUCCUGUGGUCACCGUCCAACCAGGACUCGCGCCGAUGCGUCGCGGAUGCCCCCGCUGCGGAGUCAUGGGCGGGAAGUGGAAGCGAUUCCAGCUGGAUUUUCGAUAA